AUGUUUUUACGUGGAGUUCCAAAAUCCCAAUUAAGAUGUUUUAUAAGAUAUAAUUCAACAACAGGAACUAAAUCCCCUACUGGAAUUGUGUUUAUGAAUAUGGGAGGUCCUUCCAAAACUGAAGAAACUUAUGAUUUCUUAUUUAGGUUAUUCUCCGAUGGUGAUUUAAUUCCAUUUGGUAAAUAUUUACAAAAACCACUUGCAAAAUUCAUAGCAUAUAGAAGAACACCAACAAUUGAAAAACAUUAUGAAGAAAUAGGUGGGGGUUCACCAAUUCGUAAAUGGUCAGAAUAUCAAUGUUCUAAAGUUUGUGAAAUUUUAGAUAAAUUAAAUCCAGAAACUGCUCCUCAUAAACCUUACGUUGCUUUUAGAUAUGCAAAACCAUUAACUGAAGAUACGUUAUUACAAAUGAAAUCAGAUGGAAUUAAACGAGCAGUUGCCUUUUCUCAAUAUCCACAAUUUUCAUAUUCAACCACGGGAUCAUCAAUCAAUGAAUUAUAUAGACAAACCUUAAAACUUGAUCCAGAAAGAUCAAUCACUUGGAGUAUGAUAGAUAGAUGGCCACAACAAGAUGGUUUAAUCCAAUCAUUUUCAGAUAAUAUAAAAGAAAAAUUGGCAGAAUUUCCACCAGAAAUUCGAGAUGAAGUUAUAAUAUUAUUUUCUGCACAUUCUUUACCUAUGGAAAUUGUGAAUUUGGGAGAUUCUUAUCCUGCUGAAGUUGCAGCUACAGUUUAUAAAAUAAUGGAAUUUUUCAAUUUUUCAAAUCCUUAUAGAUUAGUAUGGCAAUCUCAAGUUGGACCAAAACCAUGGCUUGGUGCUCAAACAGCAAAGGUUAUAGAUAGAUUAGAAAAAAGAGAUGAUGUUAAAGGUUUAGUUUUGGUUCCUGUUGCUUUUACUUCUGAUCAUAUUGAAACUUUACAUGAAUUAGAUAUUGAAAUUAUGGAAGAUGCAAAAAAUCCAGAAAAGAUAAAAAGAGCAGAAAGUCUAAAUGGUAAUGAAAUAUUUAUUCAAGGUUUAGCUAAUUUAGUUGCUGAUCAUUUAAAAGAUGGUAAAAAAUAUCUGAAACAAUUGGAAUUGGACUGUAUUUUAGGUGGUGAAAGAGCUCAAAAUACAUUUGAACAUCCAAAACAGUUAUUUGGAGAACAUUAA